AUGGCGCCCGCGACCAUCACGAUCGAUAACAGCGACGACUUCGUCAUGCCUGUCACAAAGUCUGCCCAGACUACAUCGCCACCCAAGCGAACACUUCUUUUGGCACCUCCCUCUCUCGCUGCCAACUCGGACGCCCUGUCAACCGUCCUCGCAGACUAUGAUCGCUCCGUUACCGACCUCCAGAUGCUUGACCGUCUAUCUGUGGGAUUGGUCACCCUGCCUUCUUCCACCUACGACCUCGUCCUCAUCCUCUCCGAUGCGUCUUCCAAGUUGGACGAGUCCCUCACCUUGAUGAACCGAACCGUUCUGGGCCCAGUUGCCGAAUCUUUGAAGCCCAGCGGUCGUCUACAGUCUCAAAAUGGAAAUAGUUUGGAGGAGGCAAGUUUGUCAAAGGAAGCAGUCCUGGCUGGCCUUGUGUCGUCGCAUGGUGGCUUUGAGAAGCCCGAUUAUGGCGACAAUGAUGGAGCUGUCACAUUGAAGUUCGGCAAGAAGAAGGCCCAGCCUGCUCCUUCGGCAGAUGGCUCUGUUCCGCUCAACCUUAAGAGGAAGCCUGCGGAGGCCACCCCCAAGCCUGUGGUUCCCGCCGGUGUCGGUUUCAUUGAUCUGGAAGACGACCUCGACGACGAUGACCUUAUUGACGAGGAUACUCUCAUGACUGAGGAGGACCUCGCCCGUCCUAUCGAUAUCCCUGCUGAAUGUCUACCAAAGGCUGGCAAGCGUCGCCGUGCAUGCAAGGACUGCACUUGCGGUCUUGCCGAACGUCUUGCCGCCGAAGACGCCGACAAGCGUGCCACAGCCGACAAGCAACUCGAGAGCAUCAAGCUCGCAACCGAUGACUUGGCCGAGAUCGACUUCACAGUGCAGGGCAAGGUUGGCUCGUGUGGCAACUGCUCACUUGGCGACGCUUUCCGAUGCGACGGAUGCCCUUAUAUCGGCCUUCCACCCUUCAAGCCAGGUGAAGAGGUCCGGUUGCUCAACAACGACGUGCAACUGUAA